AUGUUCAACAACGAUCUCUUCUCCUGGUUCUCCUCUAAGGAGCCCACUGCGCCCGAGGCAACCUGGGAUGCAACUAUCGCUACGAUCCAGAAGCAGCCCAUCAGUCCCGAGGCUCCCUCCACCCAUCCGGUUGUCAUCGAGGAGCCGAAUUCUGAAGAGAACAUGAAGCUGCGCGGUGGUGGGUUUGGUGAAGUCUGCUGUGGCGUUCUCACGGCUCUUUGCUGCUUCGAGUGCUGCGAGGACUGUUGCUAA